AUGUUGGCGUAUGGUUUGCCGGAUGAAUAUGUGAAAAUUUUGGAGUCCACUGCAAUUGAAAGUCUAAAGAUAUUUUGUCGAGCCAUCAUUGAGGUAUUUGGUGAGCAGUAUCUGAGAUCACCAACUGCUGAGGAUGUUGCAAGGCUUCUUUAUAUUGGUAAGCAACGUGGCUUUCCUGGAAUGUAUUGCUCCUCCCGCUCAUUAUGUUAUUCAAGGAAAAGUAUAUAUCCGAAAUGGUCAACUAUUGUGCAAACUAUUCGUGAACUACAAAUAAGGAAGAAGUAUUUUGCAAUAAAACAAGAAUCAUGUCAAAAAGAUGUUGAACGUGCUUUCGGAGCGUUGCAGUCACGUUUUGCAAUAGUUGCAAGGCCAUCACGUUUUUUGAAAGAAGAAGUGUUGCAUGAUAUUUUAACUACAUGUAUUAUCAUGCAUAAUAUGAUAAUCGAUGAUGAAAGUGACCUUAGUGCACCUAUUGAAGACGGUAGAGAAUUUUUAGAUUCAACUGUUGAAAUGGUUGUCGAUGAAACUACUCGAUUUGAUCAUUUUUUGGCUCGACACAAAAAAAUUAAAGAUAAAGAUGCUCAUUUCGCACUUCGUAAUGCAUUAAUAGAGCAUUUGUAG